AGAUAACGAGUCAAACUGAUUGGACCUUUGAGGAGAUAUUUUACUGAACUUCCAGACCAAUGUCAAUGAAAAAGAAAAUGUGAGAGAAGGUUUCAAUCCUUGGAGAACGCUUUUUUUCGUCUUGAAAGAUUGAUACGUACAUCGUUAUCGUCUCUAAAAUCCAGCGGCUUUUUUCACAAACAAAAAUAUUUUUCAAAGGCGGCACAUUACAACGGAAGAUGUCUUCCUACCGACCCGCCAAAGUUUUCGCUUCUAUCUCCAAUAAACCUCAUAGUAACUCUGCCAAGCAGAGCAAGAAACUAGAGAAUGAGGAGACUAAGCAGGUCACGGAAAAAGUGGUCAGAGAAAAUGAAAUUCAGGUCACCGCGUCGGGUGAUUUGUGUCUUCGUCCAGAUCGUUGUCGGGUGAACAUUGCGAUUUCAAGUUCCAAGGAAAAUGUGCAAGAUGUGAAAAACAGUGUACUGAGACGCCUUGACUAUGUGGUGCAGACUUUACAUAAUCAGCAAGUAAAGGAUGCUGAUAUCACCAUUUCCAAAGUCCUCCGAAAAGAAGAUCGAUAUUGUUACAUGGAUUCUGUUGUGACCGUCGUUUUUGUCGAUGUAAACAAGUGCCAAACUGUGACCAACUUUUUAGCAGAAAAACUGGAUGAAACUGUAAAGAUCUCAUUUCCAGAGUUCUUUCAUAGUGGACCAAAGUUAGAAACACUCAGGAAACAAGCAUGUCUAAAAGCUGUAACUAAUGCCAAGCAGAAAGCCCAAGAUAUUGCCAAGUUACUAGGACACUCGUUAGGACGGGCGAUUAUGGUUCGAGAGGAGGCAGUGGAGGAAUGGGAUGGAGCCCCAGAUGGUACUUCACCUGAUUCAGACGGACCGAUGACCAUUCCUCAGAAAAUGGAUCAGGCAACGGUUAAUGUGUGUGCAAAAGUGUUUGCCUGUUUUGAGAUGAAGUUAAAAGAGAAGAGUAAACAGGCUGCAGUCAAAACUUAAACUCUGCAUUGCUGGUGAGGUCGGGUGAAUAACUCACCAAGUAUAAAGAGUGUUCACUGGCUGGUCCAGUAUGUAUGAAAAUCAAUUGGACAUCUUUGUACAAAGAAACAGAGUUGGUGUUGCAAUGGCAAGAACAGUAGUGUGGAGGUCAGCAGACCAUGUGUGACGUAUGAUUGAGAUCGUGUCUUUAGAAAAAGAAUCGAGCAGAAAACUUCUAUAUUAGAUAGUGUGAAAAUGGUCUGCACAUGUUUAAUAUGUUCAUUCAUCGUCUGACUUUUGAACGAGUAUUUUAUUUGGGUAUAAAUCAUUUACCUGAGAGAGUGGCUGUGCCAUUGGUUUUAGAAGAGAGAUUGGGUGUAACCUCCACAUGAUGUGGUAGCUGUAUAGAUAUAGGGCUUCUAACUUAUUUCACAGUUAGAUAAAUAACUGUUUGUAGUAUUAGCUGAAUGGAAUGUAGGUUUUGGUAUGAGUGCAAUCAAGAAUUAAUAGUCGUUAUUAAUUCUUGGUACAAUGUAGUGGUAGUGUUACAAAUUUUUAUUGCUCAAUAGUUCUGAGCUCUCACAGAGACACUGUUGUUGACAUGUGAGAAAGUUUCAAAUCACAUGCCUGUAAAUAUAUUUUUAUAAAAUCUGAAAUUGUAUUAAAAUAUCAAGCUCGUGUUUGUUUUAUAUUGCUCUGAUGAAGUGUGAUUCUUCUGUCCUCAUGAAUGAGAUAGAAAUGUCACACAUAUUGCAGUGAGACAAAAUCUCGUGAAGUUGAUGAAACUUUUUGGAGAGCCCUGCACUCCCAAAGAGCUGAAAACAGGAUCCCCUUUCCACCUGCCAGUCUCUUCCAGCCAGAGACCAUUGGCACUCAUGACAGUCGCCACCAA